ACGCACGCACGCGCAUACACGGCUCCUGUCAAUGGAUUGUUUGAGAAGGCGCUCAAUCUACGGACACGCCGAGCGAGGAAAGAACAAGAACUUCGAGUGGAUUUUGUGUCCUUUUCGACGUUUUUUUCCACUCACCUACCCCAUAGCAAUUUUUUUAUGGGUGACCCCGUGGGGAACAAACAUGUGACCGUGCGUGGAAAAGCUGUCAAUGACGAAUUAAUUGAAUCCGAGAGUGGAUUAAAUGCUUUUAAGGAGACCUUUUCGUUUUGGGGGACGCCAAUUCAUCGUGUGACUUUAUAAGCGUGUCUUUAUCGCACUUUGGAGCCAACUUGAGUCCUUAUUUGCAGCAUUUCGUUCACAUGGGAAGUUAGCGGAGUGCUCUCCUUCUAAGCUAACCCCCCGCGCCCCGGAUGGGAGAGGCGACACCGGCUCAGUCCGCCACCGGCACCUUCGCCCCCAUGCUGUCGGUGGGUAUGGGCUCCAUGGCCGCCGCGCACGGUGCCCCCUCGUCGGGCGUCCGAGGCACGGCGGUACCGCAGCUGCACAGCGCCAUUGUGGAACGGCUCCGUGCCCGGAUUGAGUUGUGCAGGCGGCACCACUCCACUUGCGAGGACCGCUACCGCCGCGGCCAAGCCGAGAAUUCGGACCGGGAGCACGAGAGCACGCUGCAGCUGCUUAACGUCGUGCAGCAGGGACCCGGCACGCGCAAGAGUAAGGGUGGCCGCGGGGCUGCCGGCCAGCCGCCGCCGGACUACGGCGCCAGGGGAGCCAACGGCGAGCUGAGGGGUGCCGAAGGGGACCACAAGAUGUCCACGCGCAUCGCGCUUCAAGGGUCUUUACGGCGGAAGCUGGAGGGACACGCCCCGAAGCACAACUCUUGCGGUUUCUCCUCCGGGUCCGACUUCAAGCGAGUGCGGCUGGAGGCCGGCCGCGGUCUGGGGCAACCGUGCAACCGUGACAUAAGCCACGCCCACUCCCUGCAUACGCUUUCAGCCCACGGGAAAAACUACGUGAUGCCGGAGGUGUUCAAUGCCACCCUGAAGGAGAUGAAGAAGGAACCGGUCGAGUCUCAGUCGUCGUGCGGCCGCUCUCGAGCCGACGCCGUCUUCGAUUUCAAGGACGAGGGCGGCGGUCAGAUUGACCCGGAGCUGCAGGACCUUUUUGACGAGCUGACCAAGUCGGUGCCGCCCCUCAACGACCUGGACUUGGAGAAGAUGCUGAAGCAGGACGACGCCUUCAGUCUGGACCUGGGCCGCCCCGGCUCGGCGGGCUUGUGCUCCCCUGCGGAGAGGCCCAUCAAGAUGGAGCGCUCGCCCGAUUACGCUCCGGUCCACGCCGGCUCGCCGCAGCUGCGACCGGCCUCGGCGGGUCCCUCGUUGGCGCUGACCCCACCCUCGGGCUCCCAGGCGGGUCCGCCGAGGUCCCUGCCCUGCUGGCCGGAGAUCUCCCACGCGGAGCAGCUGAAGCAGAUGGCGGCCAACCAGCACCAGCCCGGCUCGCUUCUCCACCACCACUACCAGCAGCAUCACCAGGCGCCGCCCGCAGGUCUGGCCACUUGGGGCCCCGCCUUCCAGGACAAGGCGGCGACACGGCCGAGACUCCCCCAGCAGAGCAAGGGUGUCAACAACUGCCUCUUCAAGCCCAACGGCGUCCACCACGUGGACAUGAAGCCGCACGCCAGCAAGCCCACGCUGCACUUCAGCCCCAAGGUGGCAGCGGCACUGCCGCCGCCGCCCUCCUCGGGGCACCUGAUGCCAAUGAUGGCGGGCAACAAGACCGCCAAGCAUCCACAGCAGCUUUCAUCUCCAGAUAGCCAGAACCACACCAAUCCGCCUCUUCAUUUCCAGAAUCAGCAGAUGUCGUCGUCGCCGUCUCUCCUGCUCGGUGGGGCUCUGCCCUUCAAACUGGGCCAACAUCCCCAGGGUGUCCCGUCUGGACCGAGGUUGGCCACUAACGGAAACGUGGGCCAGCCGCGCCCCCCGCUUCCCCCCCACCCGCUGAGAGGUCCUACCAAAUCUCCGGCCAUGCACAGACAACUUUCCCAACAACCUCUCAAAGCCGAGAAAGACAACUCACCAGAUCAGUUCAGCCGUCACCUCACCAGGCCGCCUCCGGAUUACAAAAGAACCGUGGUGAGCGGGAAUAUCUUUCAAGGUGCAAAUCCAUCCCAGUCUUCCAGCAUUGUCCCAGAGAAGGACCUUCAUUCCAUAUCGUGCUCGUCAGACCACCGCUUCGACCGUCAGCCGCCGUCGUGCAUCGGACAAUUCCCUACUACCGGCCGAAUGGCUGUGAACCAAAAUGCGGUGCGAUUCCUGGGCCCCAACACGCAAGGGAACUCCUUCGGGAUGAGUAACGGAGUAGGCGGGCCACACCCGAGGCCCACUCUCGACUCGCAUUCCUCAAGGGCCCCGGGAGGCGUGAUGACAAAUGUGAGCUGGUGUUCGACCGGCAAGCCCGCCGGACUCGGACGGCGAACCGACACACUAGAUUCGCAGCAGAACCAUCACUACCAGCAGAGACCCGGCGGACCUCACAACCAGGUGGCGCCGGACCUCCAAAUGCUGAUCAGAGAGGCUGGGUCCAGACCCCCCCAGCCCAACCUGAACCAGCCCUCUCCGGAGCAGCGGGUUCCAGCAGUGGGGAACUUUGCCGAGACCACUCUGGGCGGCUACCAAAGCGGUCGCGCCAACCGUGUCACCUUCGACUUCCUGCCCGAGGGAGACAACACGGUCCCGGGUAUUAACACGGACUCGGACUUCAUAGACUCCCUGCUCAAGUCGGGCUCAGGGAACGACGACUGGAUGAAAGACAUCAACCUGGAUGAGAUUCUGGGUAGUCACGCAUAAGCAGAAAUUAUGAUUCAUUUUAAAUGUAUACACUCCAAAACGUUUUUUUUUUUUUUUUUUUUUUACGAGUAGACUUCAAUGUUUUGUUUUCACUGUGAAAGGAUUCUUUUACUGCCCACAUUCUGUCUUGUGGACUGAAACUGAAAAUGAUGAAAAAUUGCUGCCUUUUUGUAGUUUAGCAAAAUUUUAUGGUUAGCCUGCUGGCUAUGUCGGCGCUGGCUUCUCAUUUCAGCAUUAAAAAAAGCACUUCGCCGUUAAUCCACAGAGAAAUAUGAGACCCAAAAUGUCACCUACUCACCAUAAUGAAAGGUGAAGCCAGUGGCAGCCAUCUUGGAUUGCCGCUUGCUGGGUGUGCCUAUCUCAACUACACUGAUUUCUUCAUGGUGUUUUUAUAUUUUCCGUCUCUAUGGCAAAAAUGUGUGUGGCAUAUGGUUGUACCUAUAGGUCUGGGAAGGGCACUACAGACACAUUUCUUCAGUUUGAAUGCAAUUAUAAUGUAGCCCUAAUGUCUGUAUGUCAGAAUUUAUGAUACUGUGAUUAUAUACAUUAAAUGGUUGAUGCAGCCAG